CCGAAAGAAGCACGACGCUACUAGCUAGCUCCUGGCCGGAGCAAGAUGCGGGUCGUCGCGUUGGCAAUCUGUGCCCUCGUCCUCCUCUCGUCACCGGAGCCAGCCACCUCCUCCUCCUCCGUCCACCGCCGCUACCACUCCAUCUUCAGCUUCGGCGAUUCCUUCGCCGACACGGGGAACAACCCCGCUGUGUUCGCCUGGUACUCCGUCUUCGACCACGUGAUGCGGCCGCCCUACGGCUCCACCUUCUUCGGCCGCCCCACCGGCCGCAACGCCGACGGCAGGCUCAUCCUCGACUUCAUCGCCGAAAGCCUGGAGCUGCCGUACGUCCCGCCGUACCUGGGCCCUCCGUUCGCCUCCCCCUCGCCGGCGAACGGCGGCCGCUUCCGCCAGGGCGCGAGCUUCGCCGUCGGGGCCGCCACCGCCCUCGACGUGGAGUUCUUCCGCGAGAGGGACAUCCCCGGCGCCCCCAGCAAGUUCCCCUUCAACAGCAGCUUGGGCGUGCAGCUGGAGUGGUUCGAGUCGCUGAAGCCUUCCCUGUGCCGCACAACCCAAGAGUGCAGGGAGUUCUUCGGAGGAUCCCUUUUCUUCGUUGGGGAGUUCGGAGUCAACGACUACCACGUCUCCUUCCAGAGGAAGAGCGUCCGGGAGGUCAGAUCCUACGUUCCCCGUGUCGUCAGGAAAAUCUCAAUGGCCGUCGAGAGGUUGAUCAAGCACGGCGCGACGACCUUGGUGGUGCCCGGGGUGAUCCCGUCGGGAUGCUCGCCGCCGGUGCUCGCCAUGUUCCCUGACGCCGGCCCGGCGGAAUACGACUCCCGGACCGGCUGCCUGAGAGCGCAGAACGAGCUGGGGCGCCACCACAACGCGCUCUUGCAGGCGUCCAUGGCGAAGCUCCGGGCCAAGCACCCGCACGCAAGGAUCAUCUGCGCCGAUUUCUUCAGCCCCGUCAUGGAGAUGGUGGCGUCGCCCCGCAAGUUUGGGUUCAGGGACGACGUUCUGACGGUCUGCUGCGGAGGCCCCGGGAGGAACAACUACAACGGCAGCGUCUUGUGCGGUGAUCCGCUUGCGACCACGUGCGGCGACCCGUCGGGCUCCCUGUACUGGGACGGCGUCCACUUCACGGAGGCGGCGAACCGCCACAUCGCCGGCGGCUGGCUGAGCAGCAUCCAGCGCUCGGAGGCGAGGGCUUGUCCCGGAAAUUAAUCCAUUCCCCAAAAGUUGAACGAGUCCGUCAAAAAAAUAAAUAAAUUCGAGCACCA